AUGCGGCACGCUAGAACGGGACUGCGAUCGGGACGUUCACACGCUGCGGCUGAGCAGCAGGCAGGCGAGCCGAGUCUUGUCAUCGACCUUUGUGUGUGCGACAACGGCUGGGACUCGGCUAAGGCAGCUCCCGCGGACCCGUACGACUUGUCGUUCAUCAAGAAGUGGGCAGCUAUAGGCGACUCAUACUCCGCUGGUAUCGGGUCCGGCAGCCCUGACCCUGACUCCUCCGCGGCCUGUGCUCGUUACGACCAGUCCUACCCAGCCUUCAUGCAACAAAACGACCUCAUGCCACAGGACCCCGGCGCGGCCUUCGAGUUCCUUGCCUGCUCCGGCGCCACGAGCCCCGAGAUCCUGUCCAGCCAGGUUUCCAAGUUGGGCACGGGAUAUGACCUUAUCACCGUCAGCGCGGGCGGCAACGACGUUGGCCUCAGCGACAUCCUGAAUUCGUGUGUGUUCCAGUGGAACCCCUUCCGGAACUGCGAGGACGAUAUGCAGGCUACCCUCAACCUCAUUCGCGAUACGUUGCCUGGCAACCUGGACAAGCUAUACGCGGGCCUGGCGGACAAGAUCAACACAGGCCGCAAGGUUUAUGUCACCGGCUAUGCUAGUUUCUUCGACAACAGCACUACAGAGUGUGACAGUACCACCUGGUCAUUCUGGUUCAACACCGAGAACAAGCAGAAGUUGACAACGCAACGGAGAACCCUGAUGAACGAGCUUACAUUGGCCACCAACGCGGCUAUUGAGGCCGCCGUGAAGAGGGCAGGAAGCGCUUUUGAGUUUGUGGGGUACGACCAGUACUUCUCAGUGCUACAAGGCCGCUUCUGCGAGGCUGGUGUGAAGGAGCCCCAGGGAGACAGGAACGGCCUGCUCUUCUUCCAGUGGACCAGCACCGACACCACAUCCAAGCUGCUCCCCAGAGGCACGGACGAGUCUGCGCUCUUCGCCGCGGAUCCCCUGAUGGUGCGCGCCAUGCCUGAACCGCCCCUGCCAGUGGAGAAGAAGAGCCUGCUGGGCCUCCUCACUGAGACGUCCAAGCGGACAGCAGAGGGCCUCCUCGGCUCCUUCCGGCGCGGUCUCCAGCCCCGACAAGGAGAAGGCAUCAGCACAGGUGGCUCUGACACGCCCAGCACCGAACCCUCCGUCAACGAGACCUUCCAGGGCUCCAUCGAGCAGUUCAUCACGGAGGCGCAGGCCAGGAACAACACCCUCGUGGUCUCCCUCCCCGACGGCAGCGCGGCGGACCCCGCGUUCCGGGGCCGUUCCGGCCUGAGCGUGUCGGACUUUGUCUCGGACGACAUCAAGCGCGUCUUCCACCCCCAGCCGGGCGGCCACGCCGUCAUCGCCAACCUGGUGCUGUGGCGCAUCGUCGAGGACAACGCCGCGUCGAUCAAGGCGGCCGCCAUCGCGCCCAGCGAGGCGUCGGGCUGCGACGUGCCGACGUCUGCGAGCCGGCCCGACCUGCCGGCUUCCGUCCCGGGCGUCAACACGAACUGCCAGAGGGCUGCGCUGGCGUGCCUGAACUGCCUGGGUACCGCCAAGGGUUUUGGGAUUUUUGGGUGCACUUUUAACUUCCACUCGGACUGUAAUGCUUGCGGUGGUGGUGACGGAUGCCCUUGCUAG